AUGCAGCGGUACGAAUCAAAAGGAAGUAUAACAUCAGUGACCUCAUCGUCUCGAGGUGGGGAAAAAAAUUCCAUCAACACAUAUGAUUCGAUGAAUUUUCCUUAUCUUUUCCAAUUGGCGAAACAAUUAUUGUGUACACUAGCGACUAGUGUGCCUUCAGAAUCAGCAUUUUCUAUGUCAGCGUAUCUUGCUCGAAAAGAACGAGCAAGACUAUCUGGAGAUAAUCUUGCUGCAACUAUUUUUCUAAAAGACAAACUUGUUGAUUGA